CAGUCAGAUCCAGUUCAGGCAGGAUGUUCCGGUACACUCCUCCCUGGCAGGUUCUGUGUCACAGUCUGGACCACGACGCCAAGAGACUCUCGGCCGUCGACCGUCAGGAUGUUCUGACUCCUCAGAGUUUUCAAACAUCAAGCUCUGUCCAGAGUCUUCCUCCAUCAGAACCUCCGCCCGCUGCCAGCCCCACAGUGUCCGCCGCAGCCAUGGACAGCAUCCCAAGGAGGUGGGUCCUGAAGCCUCUGUCCCCCCUGCUGCAACCCUCAGACCUGCGCACCAUCGCCGGCCCCGCCCCGAGGGACUCCCCUGACCUGGACGAUUCGGACGAUUCCGUCUUCACGUCCGACAGCAUUUCCGUCGCUCGCCAUUCCUCGGUGGUCGUCUCCUCGCAGCUGGGUGACGGGUCCAGGGACGUGGUGAUUCAGGCCCGGCAGGUCGCCAUCUCGCAGGACAGAGCGAGCACCAGCGAUGAGUGGCAUCCCAGCAGUCCCAGCAGUCCUAGCAGCCCCAGCAGCAGCUCAGGCUCCCACUGCGGCUUCUACUCCUUUGUGGAGGAUCCAACGAGUGCCGAGGCCGAGCAGAACGAAGCCUGGAUGGUCUCACCACAGCGGCAGACUCAGCUGUCGACCCUGAAGGAGGAGAAGGGAUUCAAACUACAGACCUACACCAGCAGCAGGAAGCCAGAGAGUCUGUUCGCAGAGAGCGAAGAGGACUCACAGUACAACGUGGAUCUGAGGAACGGCAUCAAAGUGGUCAAGGAGGAAGAAGAGAAGCAGCUUCGACAGGAGAUCAUUCGCAGCCAAGCGCCGAAGAAGAACCCAACGUUCAAAGAUCGUGAGCUGAGCGCACUGGAGAAUCUGGAUCUGAGCAGACAUACCAACAAACUAAUAGAAGGUUUCAGCGUGAGCUACAGUCCUGUCAGCUCCAGACCAGAAAGGCCUGAACCUCCCAGUCCUGCUGAGCCCGGUGCCAUCGACAAUGAGCAGAUCAACUUCAGCGCUGCCCGACAACAGUUCCUGAAGAUGGAGCAGGACCGGCUGACUGCACUCUUCAGCCCUCUGAGGUCCUCAAGAACAAGUCUGAACACGAGUCUGCAGCCAUCGGUGUCCUCGUUAAACCAGGUGGAGACAGACGAAGACACAACGCGUUUCAAACCGUCAGAAGAAGACGAGACUUACCCAGAGAGGAAGGUGACGGUGUUCCAGACUGAGGAGAGUCUCAGCCAGCGGAGCAGCCUGAUCGAUGAUCUGGACUCCGGUCUGGAGGAGCUGUGUGCGGAGGUGGGCGAUGAGGGCACGUUCAGUUACACCACUCAGCAAGAAAACAGAGACUACAAGUCUGUGAGCGAGUACGAGACUCCGAUCGAAAGGGAGAUCCGGUUAGUUCAGGAACGUGAGGAGAACCUGCGGCGCUCCCGAGGGCUGAAGCACAGUGACAGCAGAGUAGAGAUGGUCGAGAUCACAACCAAGCGUUUUCAGUCGCCGCUUACGCCCCUCAAAGCCAAAGAGAAGAAUCGAGUGAGUUUCGUCUUCCAGAGUGAGAUCCAGAAGGAGAACCAAAUGAAGGAGGAGGUUCGAUACGGUCUGGAUCCUCCGCAGGAGCUACUAGACGAGUACCAGAGGACCGAAGAAAGAGCUCCACACGAGUCUGCAGACGCUGAAGUCUUCCCGUCACCUUGCUGUCCUCAUCGACACCCCCAAGAAACCGAGUUGUACCUCAGCCAGAUGAGUUCAGCUCCAUCUUCCUUCUCAGCGAGGGGGUCGGAGGUCCAUAAUACAAGAGGUUUGCGAACAACUUCAUCAUCCUCCCAAUCCUCCUCAACCUCUGCCUCCUCAUCGACACCUCAGCGGGAUACGACCCUGACCAUGCCUCGGUCCUGGAGGGAGAACCUGGAGUCCACUGGCCUGCAGUCCAGAGGACAGGGAGCUCCAGAUUUCAUCGAGAAGGAGAUCGAGGAGUCCCUGAGACGGGAGCAGGAGCUGAAGGAGCUGAGGGAGUCCAGGGAGGAGACUGACGGACAGGCCUUCUCUCCGGCUCCUCUGGUCGAACAGGCAACCAAGAUCGCUGUCAGUCAGUUCUACCCACCUCUGAAGACAGAUAAACCCUCCCCCUCCCCUCGUCCCUCCCUCCGUCUGCCCUCCCUCUCCUUCAUCACCGCUCAGCCCUGGUCCUCCUCACCUCCUCCCUCCUCCUCUUCUCGCCACGUCUCCUCCUCACCUCCUCCCCCCUCUUCAUAUCUUCCCAUCUCCUCCUCUCCUCCUCCCAUCUCCUCCUAUCACCCUGUUUCCUCCUCACCUCCUCCCCCCUCAUCAUCUCGCCCUGUCUCCUCCUCCUCCCCCGCGGCGGCGGCGUGGUCGGCCCCGCCCCCUGUCAGAGGUCUGACGGGCACCCUGCUGCAGGACUUUGAAGACAGACGAGCCAAACUGAAGCUGGAGGAGAGCGCGUACGCAGGAAUUCAGCCGGUGGACGACGUGAAUAAUGAGGUUGUUGAGUCGACUCGAGUUGUCAGACAUAAAAACCAGCGCGCUCUGCGGUGGGAGGCCGGAAUGUUCGCCAACCAGUCAGACCAGUGAGACCAGAUCCAGGACCCAAUCCAGGAACUGAUCCAGGACCAGAUCCAGGACCUGAUCCAGUAGUAAGGACGGAGGAGGUUCAUCUCUUUACUAACAGGACUUUUCUCAGAUUUUUUCCUUCAGCUGGGAUUAAAAUGGUUUUAAACUGGAACACUCCAAAGACAGCUGCUCCUGAUUGGUCCCCUCUCCUCAUCCAAUCAGCUGCUGAGUAGAGCUGAUUCAAGUAGAAAACAAAUAAAGAGUUAAAGUGAGUUUGUUUGAUCACCUGACGCAGCAAAACUGGAAGCUUCUGAUUGUUUUCAUGAUUUGAACUGAAGCUUCUGAAAUUGACAAAGAAUAAAAAUCAUUUUUCACACUGUCCGUCUGUCCUGCUCUUUGUUU